ACGUCAGAACGGUGCAAUCUCAUUGGUCCACGGGAGAACAAGAGUAUUUUGCAUAUAUCCACGUGGAGGUGCUGAAGCGACUGUUCAAGAGUGAAAGUCUCUCUCUCCGCCUUUAUUAAACGCUCUUAAAUUCAAACACAAAUAUUAAUAUGCACCAUCAAAUGUAAUCUUAGGCCGAAGAGUGCACAUGGAUCUGUUGAGACAUACAUGCCACCUACAUUUAAUCGACUGAUCGGUGGUCAUCGUCAGUGUUUGUAAAAGUCAUGUGGGUUAAAUGUCUAUACGGAAACACUCGUAAGUGAAAGUGUAGAGAGGAGUUUAUAUGGACGCUGGAGAAACAUCAUGGCACACAGCGUCACUCAAGAGUACAUGCAGAUUCCAGCCGUCACUCGAGCAUACACGACUGCAUGCGUCCUGACAACAGCUGCUGUGAUUGCUUCUGGAGACAUUGAAUCAACCACUGGAGUCAUAUGGAUUACUUAUAUGCUGACUUGUGAUUUUGGGGGCUUCAACAUUUUGGCACCCAUUCACGCAUUGUAUGGACCAAAAGAGCUGAGAAAUUCUUCUAAAAAUCUUCAUUGGAGUUCAGUUGAUGAAAGUUAGUCAUACAUAUCUGGGAUGGCAUGAGGCAACUGGAGUUCAUUACACCUUUUCAACUGUAUUUUAACCCUGACCUGAUAUUAAGGAGAUACCAGGUAUGGCGACUGAUCACAAACUUCUUGUUUUUUGGGCCUCUUGGAUUCAGCUUCUUGUUCAACAUGAUUUUUCUAUAUCGUUACUGCCGAAUGCUGGAGGAAGGCUCAUUCCGCGGCCGAACGGCAGACUUUGUCUACAUGUUCCUGUUUGGUGGCGUUCUUAUGACUCUCUUUGGUCUGUUUGCCAACCUGUUCUUUUUAGGACAGGCCUUCACUAUCAUGCUGGUGUACGUGUGGAGUAGAAGAAACCCUUAUGUUCGCAUGAACUUCUUUGGUUUGCUCAAUUUCCAGGCCCCAUUCCUUCCCUGGGUGCUCAUGGGAUUCUCACUGUUACUCGGCAAUUCCAUUGUUAUUGAUCUGCUGGGUAUCGGUGUAGGACAUAUCUACUACUUCUUGGAGGAUGUGUUUCCUAACCAGCCAGGAGGAAGAAAGCUUCUUGCCACUCCUGGAAUUUUUCGCGCUAUAUUUGACGCACCUCAAGAAGAUCCAGAUUAUGCCCCCCUUCCAGAAGAUCAGAAUGGGCUCUCCUUGAAUGCGCAAGUUGGAGAUGGAGAAGAUGAUACUGGUCAAGAUGAAGGUCAAGGUCCAAAUGAGGAAGAUCCUCAAGGAGAAGAAAACUAGAAGGAUUCAGUACCAGGUUUACAGACAGCAAUUUGAUUCAGUCUUGCCAUGCUUUUAAAUUCCUCGUUUUAGUUGGGGGAGUUUAUGUCUAAAUAUUCUUUUAAUCAGACUGUGUAAUAGUUUAAAACACUCCUUAUGAAAGAGAAGGCGCUUUAGCCUAUGGCCAUCAGUUGCACUGUGCAUCCUGGAAAUCCAGCUUUGUAACUGAGACUAAGGCCACGAGGAUUUUACAUUUGGCCACCUUUGUGCCUUUGUGUAAUGGAUUUCAAUUUUGCAUUCAAUGCCAUGCACAUCACAAACAAGUAUUCCUUUGUUUUGGAAGAACAGUGCCAUUCUGUUUUAGUUUACACCACAUGGUUUUAAACAAAUGUUGUUUUCUCAACAACUUUGUUUAAAUGAAUUACAAAGCAAUGAUGGCUGUAUUAUGUUAGCAAUGGUGUUGAAAGAGAAACCAGACUAUAAUACAUCAUUUUGGAGGCUAAAAUAGUAGGGGAUUGUGUAUUCCACAAGAGGUUAUUUUCUUGGGUACAAUACUGUGGCGUAGCUCUGUUCACAAAUAGUAUCGAACACAGUGAGCAGUGACGCAGGACACAUUCACGAAUGUGCCGACUAUCUGAAAUGCCAAAUUAAACUGCAGACUGUGCAUUUUCAGGCCCGUGGCCUUUGUUAGCACAGCACCAUGGCAAAAUACAAAAAGCUUUGUGUGUUGAAAUGGUUAAGAUGAAUUAUUGAAGAGUUUGUUGUCCAGAAAAACUACUAUUUGCCUAAACAACACAGAAACUUUAGCUGUAUCUGAAUAUAAAUACAAACACUUGAUGGCUAAUGAAUAAAGGCUUAUGUUGUAUUAUCUUUA